GCCGCUUCCCAAUUGACGGCCCAUGCAGCCUAUCGCCGCUAAGCCCCGCCUUCCGCGCUUCGUUCUGAGACGGUCGCCUCACACCGGCGCUCCAGUUAACGUCUCCUGCGGCGCCGCCAUGGUGCUGAGCGGCGGCUGGUGGGGCCGGGCUGUGGCGCGAGGGGCCCGCAGGCUCCUGAGGGGCGAGGCCUGGCCCUGGAGGGCGAGGGGGGCCAGGUUCGGCUCGGGGCGGGGGCCGGGACCGCCCGCCGUGACGGAGCUGGACAAGGCGGACGCCUGGCUCCUCAGGAAGGCUCACGAGACCGGGUUCCUUUCCUGGUUUCGGAAUGGCUUGCUGGCUACUGGAGUUGGGGUGAUUUCUUACGUGCAGAGUGACAUGGGGCGUGAAGCUGCGUACGGCUUCUUCAUUCUCGGCGGGAUCUGCGUCUCCUACGGCAGCGCUUCCUACCUCGUCAGCCUCUUCCUCCUCCGGCGCACCAUGAUGCUGUCCUUCUCCGCCGCCUUUUUCAACUGUGCCGCAGUCACCACCGUGGCCCUCUUCUGGCUGUGCGCCAUCUCCCUCUACAUCGGCCGCUUGGAGGUGGAGAUCAUUCAGGAUGACGGCAACGACAAAUACCAGGAUAAGAAAAAGGAGGAUGGGAAGUCAGACAAGUGAGGGGCAGACUGGCAUGUGUCGGAAUGUGUUCCCGUUGCGCUCCGUGGACCGAUUCGUGAGCCCAUCCCUGUGGCCUGCUUGGGCCCUCCUGCCGACUGAACCGAGGGGCAAGGGAGGCAGGGGAACUUCCUUGCAAAAGAGACGCACAAACACAUUUGCUGCUUUGUAUUUAUUUCAGAUCUUCCUGACGGGUCUCUGGGAAUGGACAGUGGGGCGGCCAGUGGGUCAGCGAGUGCCCCGUUGAGCCGGCUCCCCUGCUGGGGUUGGGCCUCCUUGCUGGGAUUUCUGGCGCUUUUAGCAAACAAGCCUUCUGGGGAAACGGCAGCUGCCCACCCCCGAUUCGGCCAGGUCUCCCCAGCUCUGCAGCCACGUUCAGCUGGGAAUAGCCUGGACGUGACCGUUCCACCCGUUUUCUUUCGGAGGCCGGCCACUGUUCUCUCCACCACCGCUUACCCUCCAAAACUGUCAUACUGUAUCCAAAGCAUAUCUUUCUGUUCUUUUUUUGCCGCUGGGUAACGUAUUCAGUUAACAUUUGUAUUAAAACCCAAACCAACCUG